CUCUCCUCCCUUCCCUUACGCCUCCCUGGCGCCUUGCCCACUCGACUCGUCUCUCAGCACAGCAGCUAGAGCAGUCUCUCCAUCGGGUCCUCACGAUGUAUAACGAGAAAGACGAAAAGGAUUUGCACUCGAACAGUGACAAUGUCUCCCUAGAGAAGGGACUCGGCGACGCGACCGCACAUGCUGCUGUCGUUGAGGACGAGCGCUACCACUUCGAUGCCGUCGACCUCGAUCGCGUGCAGCGUCGACUCAAACAGCGCCAUGUGCAAAUGAUCGCCAUUGCAGGAACGCUUGGCACAGGUCUGUUCCUCGGUUCUGGUCAAGCACUGCACCUGGCCGGCCCACUCGGCGCCCUAUUGGCAUAUGCGCUGGUUGGUUCCGUUGCAUACUCGUCGCUAUGCGCAAUCGGUGAAAUGACUGCGCACGCUCCGAUCUCUGGAACGUUCCCGCACUUUGCCGCUCGUUGGGUAGACCCUGCACUUGGUUUCGCUGUUGGGUGGAAUUAUUUCUACUCGAACGCUAUUACGGUUCCCGUUGAAGUAACCGCCGCUCAGAUUCUUCUUACCUUCUGGGAUCAGGACGAAGGACAUGCACCAAUCUACACAGCCGUUAUUUGUAUCUGCGUCUGCUUGAUCAAUAUCUUUGGUGUUCGAUGGUUCGGCGAAUCUGAAUUCUUCUUCUCAAUCAUCAAAAUUCUAUUGAUCACCGGCCUUAUCAUCACCGGUCUCGUCGUCGACCUUGGCGGAGGACCCGACCACCAACGUAUCGGGUUCCGUUACUGGAAGAACCCUGGUGCGCUAGCUCAGUCGGAUUUGGUAUCCAGCGACAAGGUCGGACUUGGUCGGUUCCUCGCCCUCCUCUCCGUACUCGUCCAGGCAGCAUUCUCGUUCCAAGGAAUGGAGCUUGUUGCAAUCGCCGCAUCUGAAACUGAGAGCCCACGUCGGAACAUCUCCAAGGCCGUUCGCCGAGUGUUCUAUCGGAUUCUUGUCUUCUACAUGCUCGGAAUCUUCAUUACCGGUUUGCUCAUACCGUUCAAUGAUGGCAACUUGCUCUCGGUCGCGGACAAUGCUGCACAGUCGCCGUAUGUCAUCGCGUUCAAUCGCGCGGGUAUCAAGGUCCUCCCACACAUCAUCAAUGGUGCAGUCUUCACGAGCGCGUUUUCUGCUGGAAACUCGUUCUUGUUCUGUUCAUCGCGUAUCUUGUACGGUUUGGCUAUUCGUGGACAGGCACCAAGGAUCUUCUCGUAUUGCACGAAGAAUGGCCUCCCCAUUGUGGCCGUUCUGACAACAAGUUGCUUUGCGUUCCUUGCGUUCAUGAACACACAAGCUUCGUCCGAGCAGGUCUUCAAUUGGUUCGUCAACUUGACGACUGUUGCUGGUUUCUUCACCUGGCUAUCCAUCAACCUUACCUUCAUCUACUUCUAUCGCGGUAAGAAGGCACAAGGCUUCGACCGAACAAAGAGCGCAUACUAUAGCGGACUGCAGCCCUAUCUCAGUUACUGGGGUGUCUUCUGGUGUAUACUGUUCAUUCUCAUCAACGGUUUCGCAGUCUUCUUCGACUUCAACGCGUCCGACUUCCUCGUCGCCUACCUCGACAUCCCGUUAUUCUUCUUGCUAUACUUCGGCUGGAAGAUUUACAAGCGUACGAAGUUCUGGAAACCACAAGAUAUGGAUUUCGUCACUGGUAUCCCGACGAUGGAGGAGACGGAGAUUCCGGAGGAACCGCCUCGGACAAUUGGGCAGAAGAUUGCUGCUGUUAUUUUCUGAGUGCUCCUCGUCCGUUUCUCUUCCAUCUCCCUAUCUCUCCGUUUCUUUAUAUUACGCUUGUUAUGAUUCGUUACCUUCGAGUCUUCUCCCUUUGGGCUGGAGUUACGAGACGCGGGUCGUAGUGCGUUUAUCUUGUGUAAUUGAUAUCGUGACGUCGGUGUUGCUUUUUAGAGUGGAUUAACUUUUUUGUAUAUUUUCUACGUACCUAUCCUAUCUAUGAUAUUGAAAAGAUAGCUAAAAAUUCUAUUCAUCCAUUC